AUGUCUAAUCAGGUCAAUGGCAAAACAUUCUUUUUCGCUUGCUGCGGCAUCAAGGGGGAUUGGGUCUACCUUCGAAAGGCUCUGAAACUGGAAUCGGGUUUUCGUUCGACGAGGGUUUGCCACUACUGUGAUACUACUGAGUGGUGGAAGUUUGGUUCAAAUCUUCGGUCCUGGAAUGGUCAGCUUGUUGAUCCGUGGAAAACUGAUGAGCCUCCUACUCCUUUGAGAACUAUUCCUGGUGUUGAGUCUCCUUUGCUUAUCCGGACGGAUCCAGCACACACUUGGCCUAUAGGAGUGGGGAAAGAGUUUGCUGCUUCAACCAUUUUCCUGUUGUGUCACCUGGAUGUUUGGCCUGCCAACAACAUGCCAGACAAACUGCUGGGAGCAUGGGAGCACUUUCAGAGUUGGAGGUACAGAACAAAGCACACCUGCAAGUUGCAUGAGUUUACCUACAAAACCUUCAAAGUGCAAUCGCUUCAGCAGUACCCAGUUCUUGGCGGCUCUGGCAGUGAUUGCAUCGUCGUUUGCAAGUGGUUGGAAUCCGUAGUUGAUGAUCCUGCGAUGCUGCCUGCUUUCCAUGUGGAUUGGUGA